AUGGCUACUAUGCUGCACUAUCUUGGCUUCGGUCAUAAGACUCUCUCCAACGAACCAGCGAAAGAUUCCCCUGUCCGAGCUUUACCUGCAUCAUGGUACAAAUCUCCUGAGAUGUACGAGCUAGAACGUCGAGCCAUCUUCUCCAAAAGAUGGCUUUUCAUCACCCACAGCUCUCGAGUCAAGGAAACAGGCGAUUGGCUCCGUUAUGAGAUUGCGGGCUUUGACUUCGUCAUAACUCGAGACCGACAAGGGAAUGUGAAUGCAUUCCACAACGUUUGCAGACAUCGCGCAUAUCCAGUGGUUGAGAAAGAGGGUUCUGGAAACUCCAAGAUUCUAUCCUGUCGUUAUCACGGCUGGUCCUAUGGAUUGAAUGGCAAACUUGCCAAAGCGCCUGGCUACAAAGACCUAAACUUCAAUAACGACCAAAACAGUCUGUUCCGGAUACAUGUCAAGGUCGACGUGAAUGGAUUUAUCUGGGUCAAUUUGGAUGCAAAUGAAGUCCCAGAAAUUCCAUGGGAGGAGCACUUCCGAGACGUCGAUACGCAGGAGCGAUAUAAGGAGUACAACUUCGAUGAAUAUGACCUUGAUCAUACAUAUGAGCUGGAUGGCCAGUAUAACUGGAAGAUCCUGGCAGAUAACUUCAAUGAAUGCUACCACUGUCCGACAACACACCCUGACAUCCCCGAUUUUCUCAACCUGGAUUCCUUCGACAGUGACCUCAAGGAUGGACAUAUCCAGCACCACUGCGUCUCUACGCCGGAGCAGAAGGCAAAGGGCCUUUACACUGCCAGUACAUAUUAUUUCCCGAUUUCUGCCAUGGUUGUUUCGUACGUUCCCUACCCUUGUAGUGCUAGAGAGUUUUUCAAUGAGCGGUUCGCUGACAAUAUCCUCUCUACCAGACCACACUUUAUCAUGAUCCAGAAAUUUCUUCCCAAAAGCGCCAGCUCCUCUAAGAUGUCUUACGAAAUCUACCGCAACAAAAAUUCCGGCGAUGCCGAUUUCCAUGCGAUCAGUGACAUGUACGAGCGCGUUAUGAGAGAAGACAAAGUUCUCUGCGACAAUGCACAAAAGAACCUCGACCGGAACGUGUUCGUCAGUGGUGAGCUGCACCCUAAGUUCGAGAAGGCUCCGCUCUUCUUCCAAAGCACUGCUCGCGAGGUUAUUACAGAGCAUUUUGAGCGUGAGAAGGCCCAAGGGCGGGAAAUAUGGCCGGCGAAACAGAAGGUGCCGUGUAACUCUCAGGUGAGUGACAAGGAUGAGGAGAUCUGUGCUGCUCUAAGCUGUGGGGCCCAGAAGGAGAUUUUGGCUUGGUGA